AUGUUCUUGGCAAAGAAGCCAAAAAAUUCGCAUCAUCAUCAAGAUGCCAAUGAUGGCAAACAUCAUCAGGGAGGAAUUUCAUCAUGGAACAGAAAGAAUAAUCAUAAUAACACAUCUUCUUCAUAUAAAAAUAACACCAAAUAUAAUAACCGAAAAGGAAAUGAAUUCAACAGAAAACAGAACAAAGGCUCAUCGUUCCGAGAGCGAGGACAAUAUAGCAAGAACUCUUCUCAUCGCAAUGAUGAACCAGAGGAAGAAGUUGAUGACAUCUCUGCGUUCGGACAAGAGAUUUCUCAAUAUGCAUUAACCGAAAUUUUGGAUGAAGAAGGAAAGAAUCAAAUCAAAACAGCAAGAAGCAUCAUGUCUUAUUUCCGAAGAGUUGAAAAUCUGAUCAAUAAGGAUGAGUUUCCAACAAAUGAAGAUAGAAUGCAAUUUAUAACCAGUGUUGUGAACUACACUUGUGAAUUGAGAAACUUAUUUGACACAGGAAGUGAUGAGGAUCGAGAUGAGACGAUGAAAAAAGGUCUUAUUGCUCUCAUUUUGACUUUAAAUAAUCCAGUCAUUGCGAAAACAUUACAAACCAUGAUACCACUUUCGUCAAGUGAGGAUCUUAGAGGUUUUUUGAAAGCCUGUUCGAGUGGAUUUGUCAUUAUCUGUAAUGGAAAAUUUAGCUCGUUUGUGAUUCAAGAGGCUUUAAAAUAUGUUCCAGAUGUAGUUAAGGAAGAAUCUGAUGCACACCAUGCAAUGCUUGAUGACGUUGAGGAUAGUGACAAUACUAAUAAGAGCGAAGAGAAUACCAUCUCUGAAAUUUUGAAUAGAAUCUACUACUCCAAGAUUGAUCCAAAUUUGUUUGACAUGGUUUUCCACAAGAAUGCAAGUUUUGUUGUGAGACAGUUAAGCUUAUGCCUUGGACAUAUUAACUCACAAGAGGAAGGAAGAACACUGCUCGAUAUCAUGGUAGAGAAAAUGAUUUCAUCAUGUCCAAUUGCUGAUGUUCUUUCCGAUAACAUUGCCUUAGGAUUUUUGACUUCUCUCAUGGAAAAUGUUUCCUCGACUGAUUCUAAAUUAUUCACAAAUAUCAUGAAGUAUGCCAUCGGACAAGAAAACAACUAUGAAUUGAGUGUGUCUACUGAAACCAUUUCCAAACUCCUUUCUACGCCUCAGCAUUGUCACAUUGUCGAAGUUAUUAUCAACCAUGGCGAUGAAAAGACAUUUUCCUACAUUUUGCAACAUGUUAUAAUUCCAAAUGCUGAAAGCUUUGCUACGGAUCAAUCUAAAUGUUAUUCUUUGGUGAACGCUAUUGAAAAGGCAAAUCGAGACCAAUUCAUAUCCAUUUUCAAUUCUAUCAAAGAUAACAUUAAGAAUUGUUUCGACAAUACUCUAAAUGUAAUAACAGCACUCGCUAAAGGAUGUCUAAAGUUUAACACGAAAGAGCAAGAAAUCCUUCGACAAAUGAUGAAAGGCCUUGAAGGAGAGGAUCAUCAAACCGUAGAACAAUCAGUGAAGAAAUUACUGUUCUCUUCAGAAGACGGCAAAGUCAUGAACAGACACGGUUGCAAUUUACUCUCUACAGUUUUCACAUUCCAGUCAAAGAAAUUACUUGCUCCUCUUGUGGACGUAUUUAAAAAUAUGGACGAAAGCAAGUUUUUCGAUUUGUGUGUUUCGAAGGAGGGCAGCAUGGUGAUUGAUUCAUUAGUUCAAUCGUACGAUGAAUUUAUUCAAAAAAUCAAGCCAAAACUAGUUGAUUUGGCCACUAAUAUUUAUGGUGCUUUUAUUGUCGAAAAGGCAAUGACUGAUUGUAAGGAUAGCAAACUUCAUAAGGAAAUUGCUACCAUUCUUAAAGAUGCAGAACAACAGAUACGAUCCACAAAGCCAGGUUCGAUACUUUGGAACAAGACAAACCUUUCUCAGUUUAAGAGCAAUCCAAAUGAAUGGAUUCAAAGAAAAGAAGAACAACGAAUUCAAAAGAAGAAGACAAGUAAGAUGAUGCAAGAAAUGCUUACAUCGUCGAGUACGUCAUCCUCAAGCAAAAAGAAGAAGAAUAACAAGUCGACGAAAGGUUUAGAAAAGGAGCAAAAAACCCAAAUUUCAGAGGAGCCACAAGAAACCCCACAGGCCAUAAAACAAACUGACCAGAACAAACAAAAAUCCAAAAAGAACAAACCCGAAAAGUCAAAGAAGGAGACUUCUUCUGAGCAAGUGUCAAAUAGUGACAUUAAUUUAGAUUUCUUGGAGUUUUCAAAGGAAGAACUAAAAGCUCAACCAAAACAAGAAGAGAAAAAACGAAAGAAAGACGUGACAGACCUUCUUGACAACAUUUUUGAAUCCAGUAUGAAGAAGAAAAAGAAAUAA